GGCAACAACAACAACAACAACAACAACAACAUGUAUGCUGGACGGAAGAGGAGAAAACCGGCGCAGAAGGGAGUCAAACCGACCCCUGCCGAAGGCGCCAAGUCCAACCCGUCCAAACGCCACCGUGACCGUCUGAACUCAGAGCUGGACCGGCUCGCCAGCCUGCUGCCCUUCCCGGAAGACGUCAUCUCCAGCCUGGACAAACUGUCCAUCCUGAGGCUCAGCGUCAGCUUCCUCCGCACCAAGAGCUUCUUCUCAGUGGCGCUGAAGAACCAGCUGUCCAAUGGCAUGAAGAAGAGUAGCCAUCACAAUGAUGACAGCAAGGCGACAGGAUCUGCUGAUGGCCGCAUACCCGAGGGGGAGCUGCUGCUGCAGGCCCUGAACGGCUUCGUCCUUGUGGUGACGGCUGAGGGAAUCAUCUUCUUCUGCUCCCACACCAUCCAGGAUUACCUUGGCUUCCAUCAGACUGAUGUGAUGCAUCAGAAUGUUUUUGAGCUUAUCCACACUGAAGACCAGCAGGAGUUCAGGAGGAACCUGCAUUGGGCCCUCAACCCCCCUGCUGGCUUCGGGCCCCCCACAGAUCCCUCAACAGAUGGCGAGUCGGUGUCGACCUCUCCGUGUCUGGUGAGCUACAACCCCGACCAACUUCCACCUGAAAACUCCUCUUUUUUGGAGAGAGGCUUUAUCUGCCGCUUCCGCUGUUUGUUGGACAACUCCUCCGGCUUCCUGGCGUUGAAUAUCCAGGGUCGGUUGAAGUUCCUUCACGGUCAGAGCCGUCAGCAGUGUGACAGCGAGGACAGUCCGCCGCCUCAGCUUGCUCUCUUUGCCAUUGCCACACCCCUCCAGCCUCCCGCCAUCCUGGAAAUCAGAACAAAGAACAUGAUCUUCAGGACCAAACACAAGCUCGAUUUCACACCGAUGGCCUGUGACGCCAAGGGUAAAAUAGUUCUGGGCUACACCGAGGCAGAGCUGAGAGUUCGAGGUUCAGGUUACCAGUUCAUCCAUGCUGCCGACAUGCUGUACUGUGCUGAAAAUCACGUCCGAAUGAUAAAGACGGGCGAGAGCGGUCUCACCGUCUUCAGGCUGCUCACCAAGGACAACCGGUGGAAGUGGGUCCAGGCCAACGCCCGGCUCGUCUACAAGAACGGCAAGCCGGACUACAUUAUCGCCACCCAGAGGCCUUUGGUGGAUGAGGAGGGAGGGGAACACCUGAGGAAGCGAUCUAUGCACCUUCCCUUUACCUUCGCCACCGGAGAGGCAUUGCUCUACCAGACCAGUUACCCACUGCACGGCUUCCCUGAUUCCUUGGGCAAAGCCAAAGGCAGCAAGUCCAAAAAGGGCAAACUGGACAAGAACUCUGCAGACGACCUAGACCCAAAGUCCCUGCUGGGAGCACUGAUGAGCCAGGAUGAGUCCGUGUACGUCUGCCAGCCGGACACAGAGCCUAAGAUGUCCUACCACGGCAGCCUUUUUAGUGAGCAGCAAAGCGAGACUGAUGGUCUUAGUGGCUUAUUAUGUGGCGACAGCUGGCAUAUUGUAUCUAAUGGGGAGACAGGGAGAUUCAAUGGUAAAACCUCUAGUUAUGACCCAUUGCUGGCCACUCUGGACUCCUUGUCUCUAGACAGUGAUGAGACGUGCUCCAACAGUGAGCUCUUCAGUGCUCUGGAGAAUCUGGGCCUGAACGCUGAGGACCUGGAGCUCCUGCUGCUUGACGAGAGGAUGAUCCAGGUGGAGCUGGAUCCCAACCACAUCCCAACCCUCAGCGACCUUCUCACCAACAAUGAAAUCCUUUCCUACAUCCAUGACUCCCUGGAGAGUGGCACUGAGGGAGAGGACCAAAGGGACAGAGGUGGAUUUGGAACUUCGGGCCAUCCACCAAACCCAGACUCAGUGUCUGAGUCCGGGUUCGGUGGUGUCUCCCAGCAGGCAUGUUUGACACCUGCUGUCCCUCCGGCUCUUCCCAGCAGCAGGCAGCCCAUCAUCCAGCUGUCACAACAGAUGCAGCAACACAUCAGUGCAGGUGAACUGAUGAAAGAUCGGCUGGGGCAGAUCCAGUCUGUCUCCCAGCCCGGGACUGUGGACACCAACAUUUUACCUGGGAUUCCUAACGGUCACUGGGUGGUCACAACAGAGAACCACCAUCACCCCAACAACCACACCCAUCACCACCCACAUACUGUACUCAAAGCCUCACAGCUGAAGGGUGAACAUAAAAACUUUAAUUCACAUCUGGAAUCCAGUCAACAGUGGCAGCACCAGCAGGACCAGAACUCAGUUCACCUCCAGUCACAUCAGCAGGUAAGCAGCCAGAGCGCUUUGUUGCCUGGUUUCCAGAAUCCGCUUGGACUGACAACAAACGGAUCUUUCAUCCCAAACGGACACACAGCCUUUCCACCAAACAUGGAGGUCAGCCGCACAGGUUUCAGUAUCUCCAACACACCACAUGCAGGUGGCACAGUACAGAAUGGUGUGACCACACUGGACGUUUGUCAUUACCAGAGGACCUACCAGCUGCAGGGUCACCAGCAGCAGCAGCAGCAGCAGCAGAUGUUACAGCAGACUCAGGUUCCCCCGUCUUGUUUGCCCCAGUGCCCCACCCAGAGCUCUGCGCUUGAUUUAGAGCAGUUACUGGCUCUGUCGCAGCCACAGCACAGCCUGCCGUCAUUAGAGGCCUGCAGCAUGUUCAACAGUGCAGAGGAUACCACUCACAACAAGCUGGAGAACGGCUGCCUCCUUAGUGCGGCCAACGCAGCAUACAUCAGGACGUGUCUGAUGCCUAAUGGAAAUGGCGUGGCGACAGACGACAUCCCUGUCUCGUGCCCCGAAGGACUCCCUGCUCUACAGGACCCCCAGAAAUCUGGAUUUUUUCCUCUGAAAGGAUGAUGGCCGCGUAUCAGAGGAGGCUAGACGAGAAGGUACAGAAGGAAAAAUAAGAAGAGUAAAAACUAAACUGUUACCUUUUUAAUGAAAUGAUUAGAGGGUAGAUAAAGAUUAGAGAAAAAAUUUAGCUCAUGUCCAGAAAAGACUUUGUAUCAGGUUCUCUUGCAUAGCGUUUUUUUUCUUCAUGUCUCUUCCCAUAGCGAGACAUCACACUCAUGCUACUCAGAGAACCGGGGUCAUGCAGGAAACCUAAAGAUAUGUAUGAUGAGGAAGAACAAAUUGAGAGGAGGAAAGUAAUUUUUUAUGUCACACUGUGUGUUAUAAUUUUACUAGUCGUGCGCUCACUGACAGUUUUGUUCUCAUGUUUGGAUAAGAUGUGUGUUCUUUUUUUUUUAUUUUAUGAGCCAGAACUCAUCACCUUCUGAUCUGUAUAUACACUGUUAAAGUCCUGAAGAGAAAUUAAGAAGAAGAGAAGACACUAACUCUCAAGAAGGGUGGUUACUUUAUUAAAUUGUGGUCACACUUUAUCUGGAUAGUCCCAUGUUCAACUCCAACCCUGACUCAAGAUAAAUCCCAGCCCAGACAAUCGAUAUCUGCAGUUUACAACUAUUUUAGUGCCAUAUAAUAGGAUAGAAAGCUGAGUUUCAGCACCGGGCUAUUAAAAUAAAGUGGGACUUCACAUUACUGCUGACCAUUUUCCUAAAGCGUACUCUCCAACCAAUUAAGUGAGUUAAAAACCAGUGGCUGUCUGGCAGGUGUGCAAUUUUCUAACUUGAAAAAUUAUAGUAUGCUUUGAAAAAUGUCUGCAGUGAUAUUGAAAUAAAUUAUCUGCAGUUAACAAGCUGAAACGCGCAAAUCCACCGAACAGGAGAUUUUAGAUUUACAGUAUUUCAGAUGCGAAGAUUUGGAGCCGUGUGUGGGGAAAACACACUCACAGACAUGAACUUCCUACCAGGAUAAAUGUUGAGGGAGUGUCUGAACAUGCUGCUUUAAUUGGUGUACUAACUACGCAACACGUCUGCUGGUAAUCUGUUUUUCCUAAUACAGGAAUGGGAAUGCCUUGUCAUUUCAUCAUCCUCAGUAUGUAAAAGGGAGAGGGAACGUUUCUUAGAGGACAUUUAUACCAACAGCCAUGAGAUUUGGACUGAACACACCGAGAAAUUAUUGAAACAUCAGUGUUCGUUUGUCACCUAGAGGUAGAUGAAUUUUAGGGUUAGUCGAUGUUGUUCGUCCUGGUGCUUUACAUGUCAACAAAACAGCAUUUCAUUCUUAUCGUUUAUGUUGUUGAGAUGAGAUUUAAACAAAUUGUAAAAGGUUCAAAUCAGAAGGGAGGAGCAGUUGAAAGGUUCUUAUUUAUUGCCACUGCUUCUGUGGCAGUGGCAUCACAACAUUUAUCCUAAUGCUGCAUUUUAGCCUAGUUGAGGUUUACAAUGAUGUUGUGCACUUACGUGUAUCUUACAGACAUAAUCAGAAAGGAUCUGAUUUGUCUGUCGGUGGCACUGAACUAAAAAAAAAUAGCAUUUUUGUUUCCUGACCGGAGACAGUGUGAAACUCUCCCAUUAAUGCCUUGUCUCGCCGGCCACAGCCAGUCAGACGCCCGCUUGCUUUAUCUUGCAGUCAUGUCGUGUGGGAAACACUGAGUGCACUUACAUGCACACAGUAAUCCAUUAAGGACCUAGCUGUAAAUAAUAGAUUACAGCUGAAGGCGGAAGAGGAAGUGCCCGUUAGUAUUUCUCAAGUUUUGUUUUCCUGUGGUCACAAAAUUAUCGUUUUUCCAUGACUGAGAAAAUAUCUACACUCAAACGUAGGGAACAGAAGGUUAAUUUCAAAUAGAACAUCAGACAAACCUUUUUUUUAUUUAUUAUCUGGCCAUUAUGUCCAUGUUUGGAAAACUAACGCAAAGUGAAAGUGUGUUACAUCUGUUAAAGCCAGAAAUUCCUGAAAGUAGGAUUAACACUUACUGUACUGACCCAAACUCUAAAGUUGUUAUCGUUAAUGAUUAUGUUUAUCAUUUAAACAUCAGCAGUAUUAGUUGGAGACUCCAACCAAACCAUGCCAGGCCUAACAGAGCUAACAGACACAAGCGAAAAAGCUCUGAGGUAAAGUUGUUCUUGCUGUCCGACCAGCGGUUUUUGCCCAUUAGGAGUCUCUCUCUGCAGUAACGACUUCCUUUUACUCUUGAUGUUGAUGGGAACGUAACAAACCUAGUGAAAACACUACUGUAGAUUGGACAUUUCAACUUUUAUUAAAGCCGUUACUUCAGUCGUAGUAUCAACACAGACACUGUGACUGACAAUACACGCUGCUCCUGGAUACCGUUUCACUUUAAUGCAGCUGUCCCACAGACAGUUCUGAGUGUUACACAGCCAAACAAACUACUCACCACGCUCUUCCUCUCAGCCUGUGGAGGCUGAACAACAUAACAAAAGCUGUAACAAAAAGAAUCAUCACCCGGACUCACAUGAAAACAUAUGUUGCGUUCAUGUCAUAUCAGAUUAACUGUAAAUCACAGCUGCAGCUUCUUACUGGCGAUUAUUACUGAGGAAGUGGUAAUUGACAUGAAGUCCAAGCAACUUUACUUUGUGAACAUGUACAGACAAACUUGUCACCAGUUAACUGUUGCUCAACGUGUGAACUUUUCACAGGUGACUUUAAUAUCGUCAUGCUUGGGAAAACUGCCACAGAAUAAAAACCUUUUGCAUCUGCAUUAAAUGCUUGUAUCUCGUAAGAGCACAGUAUUAAAUAUAGUGCGUGGCCAAAAAUCAAUUGAUCAAUCAAUCAAAACAAAAAGUUAUCUAUAUUUGCUGUAUUGUUUUUAUAUAAAUGAGCUCACUUCUGAUAUGACAUGAAGGCAGUAUUACUCACAUUUAAAAGACUUAGAGAAGCAAAGAAAGAAAGAGCUUCACUUACAGAAGCUGGAGUGUGGACGAUGGACUGGACAGCAUUUAGCAUCAACUCAAAAACCAAAUGAGAAACAUGUGAACACACAUGCGUCUGCAGUUGCUCCACUGUUGAAUGUCUUGGAUAAACUGUAAAGGCGUUUAAAACAUGAAGCUUUUAUUUCAUUACAAAAAGGUGCUUAAAAGUGAUUUGUCGAUAUUAGUAGCGUUAGGUGAGGACAAACGUCUCGACGACGAAAUGCAUUUACAGAUUUGCCUCUUGCCUGUUUUCCUUUUUUUGUUUUAGCAAUUUUUUUGAAAACUGACUUUUCUUAUAAAACAGAUUAUUUAAAACCAGUUGUGAGAUCAUAUGCUGUAUGAAAGAAAAAAAUUUAUAAAUAGACAAUCAUUUUCCAAGGCACUUAAAAAAAAAGAAUGGUUGCGUGUAUAUAACUGUGUUUUCUAUUGACGUUGUUGCAGCACUACUUUAAAAUCACUGCUCUUACAAACUUUCUCCAGCACUGAAAGCAGUCUUGUUUGAAAAAAAAAGAAAAAAGCAUUUUAUGAGUCCGUGUUGUACGAAUAUUGUUCCCAAAAGUCGUGUGUUUAAUCUUUAUGUCAUGUUUGAAGACAGUUUGUCACUUCAGCUCAAAAUAAAACGGUGCCAUAACGGUAAGCCCAGACUUACCGCUGUUCAGUAUAUGAAAAAUACAGUAUAUUCCAAAACACUUGAGCAAUAGUUUACGUUGAAAAAGUUUGAAAUCUUUUCCUGAAGUUUAUCUCUUAGUAUCUUUACAAUCCACUUUGUCCACAGAUUAUCUUUAAAAAGGAAUGAAUGGCUUUAUAUUUAUGCUGCCAGCCAUUUAGUCAGGUUGCAAUCUAACUCAACUUUGAAAUCAAACUCUCCAUAAGCUGUUUAAUCGUGGUUCAUGUUUUUAAAGGCACACAGACUUUAUUUCGCUACUUUUAUCACUGAAAGUUGUAGUUGUAUGUAAACAGACUUUUUAAAAAUGCAGUUUGUCUUUGAGCCGUGUGUUGAAAUG